GAACCAUGCAGAAAUGGAGGAACCCUUGUGCUGGUAGACGGAGCCUGUACAUGCAUGUGCUCAAGCUACUUUAAGGGAAUUGCUUGUCAGAUUCCCAAAUCUACAUUAAUUAAAGUCGUCACUGAUGGAGGCUGGAGCUGUUGGAGUGCCUGGUCCACCUGUAUCAAUGGAGAAAGCAUUCGAACUCGCCAGUGUAAUAAUCCUACACCAGAACCCGGUGGCAGACCAUGCCAGGGAGAAAGCAUUGAAAAACGACCUUGUGGAGAAGCAAAAUAGUUAUGCUGCUCAAAAACAGGAUGACAAGACAGAUGUGAAGUCCCUCAUGGAGAAAUUUAACACGGGUCACAACCCCACAGAAGAUGCUUCUAGUAACAGUCGAGCCUUCAAAAUCCCAGGACAACCUAGCCAUACAGGAUUACAGACAAGGAAAGCAGCACUCGAGAAAUUUGCAAGUCAAGGAAAUGCAACUGCUCUCUCAGGACCCAGUACCUUUCACAAACCUGUUCAUCUGAAGCCUCCUCUGGGGGUCAAGCCUUCAACUGAUGAUAAAACAGAGAAGGAUCCAAAGCCCCCAUAUUUGAAACCAGUGGCACAAAGGUUUGGGGUUCAGCUUCAGGCAACUAACAGAGAAAAUGAUGGAAAAGCUGGAUGCACUAAAGCCCCCACUAAAACCAGUGACUUGGCAAAAGAAGAGCCAAAGCCUCUGUAUCCAAAACCUACAGGGAACAAGUUCCUUAACCUUGCUUCUCAGGAGAAAGAAAAAAGCCCUCUGGGAACAAAAUCAAAUUCAAAUUUUGCACCACAUGAGAGUGAGGCAAAGCCAGCAUUUUCAAAAGUAGCUGGAGUUAAGGAAAAGUUCAUGUCUGCAACACAAGAAAAUGAGCCCAAGACUUUCUCUAAGCCACCCCUUGCACAGAAACCAUCUCUAAACCAUGAGGUCACCCACAACGAAGACACUUCUAAUAAAAAUGUGUUUCUGCAAAAAGGACCUAGACCAAAUAUACACUCAUUUAAAGCAGCAAAGGAAAUGGAUGAAAAUAGUAAGUGUGCUGUCGAAGCUGCAGGCAGUCAUUUUUCUAACAUGGCUCUGAAGCCUACUGGCCGCUGGUCCAGCUCAUCUCAAGGCACCCCCGAAAAUGUGGAUGAAAAGACUGAAGAAAAGGGAAUGAGUGCUGCCAAGAACAUCUUUCUCAACAAAAUCAUCCAGGAAGAAUCAAGUUCUUCUUCUCCUAAAUUCAAUAAGACAAACACAGUGCUUAAUGCAGGAAGGCCAUCAGGUGGAUCACAAGAGAAAGAGGAUGGGGACAGGAGCUCAGGAACCCCCAAGCGGAAGGCCUUGCCCCCACUGUUCAAGCUGGGCCAGCCCCCACAGAAACCCAGCAGACCCCCCAGCGUGGACCUGGAAAGGUUCCGGCAGAGCAAUCCAAAAGACAGCCCUAAAAAUGAAAGUUUGAAACAGGUAGCACCUUCCUCAGCAGCACUCUCCCCACCUGUACCUCCACCACAUUCUGCUACGCAGUUGCCACCUCCUCCUCCAGCCUCUCACCCAUCCCUGCAGACCCCAGCAGCUCCCAGCCUGCCUCCCAGAAACAUCAAGCCCAGCUCUGAAACAAUAAGUCCAGACAAUGAAGAAAAUUAUGAUGAUGUUGAAUUUGUUUCACAAGGUCAUGGAAAUACAGAGGGGGGCCAAGAAAGUGAUGGAGAGAUGUAUGAAGAUGUAAAUGACAUCAGAUCAUCAAGGGGAAAAGAGAAGAAACGGGACAAGGAAGAAAAGAGAAGAAUGGACCAAGAGAAGAAAGAGCAAAAGGAAAAAGAAAAGAAAGAGCAGGAAAUAAGGAAGAAGUUCAAAUUAACAGGACCUGUCCAAGUCCUUCAUCAGGCACGAGCUUGUGUUGACCACAAGGGAGGGAAGAAUGAGCUGACUGUCAAACAGGGUGAUGAGAUUGAAAUCAUUCGCCUCAGAGACAACCCAGAAGGAAAGUGGCUGGGCAGGAUAAAAGGAUGUUAUGGAUACAUUAAAACAACCAUGGUGGAGAUUGAUUAUGAUUCUUUAAGAAGAAAGCAACAAACCAGAACUCCUGUGAAACACCCAGAGAGUGAUCAAGAAGUGUAUGAUGAUAUUGGAGAGCAGGACAGUAUUAGCAGCCAGAGUGGUGGUCAAAGUGCAGCUGGAAAGAUGUUUCCACCUCCUCCUUCUGAUCAAGAAAUUUAUGAUGGGAUUGAUGAGGACAAUACUGUAACUAGGUCUGUAUCACAGGAUGAAGAUAAGAAUGAUAUCUGGUCCUGGGGAAUCUUGAAGAGGCUAAAGGUCAAAGAUGACAAAAAGAAAAGUGUACGAGAAAAAACAACCAAAGUCAAUGGGGCAGAAGAUAAUGGAGAUUUGUUCAUGUCUCCUUCAACAAAGCAGUUUAGAAAAGACUGUGAAGAUGAUGUUUAUGAUGAUGUAGAUUCUUCGGACUUUCCUCCACCACCGCCUGAAAUCAAGCAAGUGAAAAUGGGAAUUACUCCCCUGAUUAGAAAUCUCUCAUCAAAAUCAGCAAGCUUUGGAAAACAUAAAUCAGAUGAAAAAGAUGCACAAAAGCUUAAAAGGAUGGAAAAAGAUGAGAAAGAGUUCAGAAAAAAGUUCAAAUUUGAAGGUGAAAUUAAAGUUCUUUACUCUACCACCACAGUCAAGGAUUUGCCCCAGAGAAGAUGGGGAUCUAAAGACUUACAAGUUAAACCAGGGGAGUCUCUUGAAAUUAUUGAAAGCACAGAUGAUACCAAGGUCCUGUGCAGGAAUGAAGAAGGAAAAUAUGGCUAUGUUCUGAGAAGCAAUUUAGUUGAGAACGAUGGAGAUAUUUACGAUGAUAUUGGUGAUGAUUGCAUCUAUGAUAAUGACUGAUGUAGAAUUCUAUGCAAGUAAUAGCUUCAUUGAAGAUCAAAAUCUAUUUUGGACUUCCUAAUUGUGAAAGCAAGAAAAGUCACUAAAUCUGGUUAUAAGUUAAUCGGUUACACUCUUCUAAACGUGCUAUUAACCUUUUUUUAGGAUUUCAGGGGUUUGUCACCUCUUGCUUUGUAUGACAUUUGUAUUGCCAUUUAUCUGAGUAAUUAAAAUUCAGGGAAUAUGAGCUAAAGUUAAGAUUAUAAUUUUCAACUUCUUUUCCACAUUUAUGACAGUCCAUGUAAAAACAGUUCUUCAACUAGCUACACCCAAAGAGGCCAGUUCAGGUCUAUGAAUGGAACAACAGACUCUGGGAACAGGUUUUACUCUGGCUCUGGUCUAUUAAACACCAGAGACUGCCACUCUGGGGAGGGCAGUAUCCUGAAAAUAAAUGCUUCCUUUGAUGAUAACAUCCUGUUGUAAAAACAGGAAAUCAAAAGUGGGCAUCAGAGAAGACAUCAUCAUUGCUGACCUGCCACUCCAACUGCAAUAGCCUUAGCUAUACUGACAUGUACAGCCAUGUACCACUAUUGCUGAAGUUUCUUUCUCUACGUUGUACUAAUGAUAGAAUACCAUUUUCUAAAAUUCAUUUGACCGUUUUGUAAGUAAUCUUUGACUAAUAUUAAUAGUAAAAUAGUAAUGAUGUUAUAUGUGUUACAUACAGUACUCUGAGAUAUAAACCAUAGAUGAGUCUACUUUAUAGUAUAGUGUUGCUCAAAAUUUAUUCAAAAAAUUUAGGUUAAGACUUAAUUUCUGUUUAGUUUGAAGAUAUGUUGUUGUCACUAUAGUAAUUUAGGCAUUAAAAUGGACCUAUAAACUGAUUAUAAACUGGUUUGGAAUCACUUCUAGAAUAUGCAUGUAGAUUUAUCACACCAUUUUGAUCUUUUUCUUCUAAGUACUGUAUUUUGUACUAGACUUGGCUAAAUGAGAGUAUAGAAUUUAAAUGUUUUAAUGCUUAUCCACUGUGGAAACAACAUUUAUUCCUAAAGAUCACUGGUGAUGCUGUUCUUUGAAUGAGCAAGUAGCAAAUCAAAGUAAAAGGAAUGGAUGAAUCAUAAUAAUAAAUAUCACUUUGCACUUACAUAUCAGAACUCACUGGAAACCAAAACACAUUUACAGUGCUCUCCCAAUAAAGAGAGUGAGCAUGCAGAAAAUGGAACAUGUAUUUGUAAUGCAUGAUGCUUUUGCUGUAGUGCAAGAUUACUGAAAACCUGCAACAACCAAUGUGUCUAGAUCAGUGUAAGCAGCUCCUCUUGAUCAUCAAGUAUCCUACAGUCCUUAAGGAUACAGUGCAAUGUAGCAAGACAGCAGGUUUAGCUUAUAAAUGUAAAAACAUUUUGUCUCCGUUGAAGUGAGUCUUGGUCCCAGCAGAACUGAGAUUUCACCUUACACAAGCGCCUUUCAUUGAUGGUUCAAAAUACAGUAAAUUUCUAAGGAGGUAUAAUGCUAUGGGGAUAUCAAAUAUAAAAUUAACUGUAGAGAUAAUAGCCUAUAAGCUAUUUUAUACUGUAUUUAAAAUCACUGAUAAUACACUGAAAAGCUAUAUGUAAACUUGUUUCCUGUCCUGUAUUUUCUAGUCAACCAGCAUCCAGGCAUACAAAUACCAAUUUUAUGGGUAAACAUCAGCACCAACACCCAAAUUUAAAACAUGACCUUGUAUAUUAAGUACAAUAAAUGUGUCUGGCUAUUUGGCUAUGUCACUGCUGGUGGUUUACUUAUUUUUCAGGGGCAUUCAAGAGGAUAUCUGCAUUAAAUUAGUGAUAUACCAAAGAACUGAGAGGGAAUGCAGACAUUUAGAAAUGCACAACCACUUGUCAGUUAACAAUAGGAUAAAUCAUUUCAUGCUUUACACAGCUAAUUAUCUCAAAUAGAGUUUGUGUUAAAUUCUAACAUAUAUGCCCAGUCUUGGUUUAGUUUUAACUGCUGGUAGAAUUUCAUGUGUUGCAGUAAGACCAACAAAGGAACUUCCCUUCUGAAUAUAGUUUAUCUUGUAAUAAAGGACUUUGGUGGAACACAAACCUCUUUUUCCCCCCUGAAAAACAAGUGAAUUUUAUUCUUUGUGAGAUUUUUUGGUCAUAUAUUUUCCAUGUUCUUAACCUUGAUGUGUUGUAGGUACUGUAUUUCCUUACUAAUUAUACUGGCUGAAUUGGUUGUAUGAUACAUUAAAUCAUCAAAAGAAAUAAUCAUAAGAUACUUUAAGCUGAAAAUCUGUGUCUUGUUUUGACAGAUCAAAUAUAAUAUAGGGUGUUGAAAUGUAUUUAUAAGGUACGACACACUGAAAAAUUAGUGGUAUUGUAUGUUUUUUCUUUUCAUUACUUCACCAAUACAAUUAACUGGAUGCAUUUUUUUUCUUUCUCUGAAUAAAAAGUGUGCUU